GGGGGCGGGGCCUCGGGGCGCGGCCGCGCGAGGUGACCGGAUCGCGGUUCCCGCGGGCGGCAACGCCAGAACGCUCACUGCCUCGAGCAGAUUAAUAUUAAAAUUGGAAAUUUGUAUCUUUUGCUGGAUAUUGGAGAUUGAAUGUAAUGGCAACAGAAUUUAUAAAGAGUUGCUGUAGAGGAUGUUUCUAUGGUGGAACAGAAAAGCACAACUUAUCUGUGGAAAGAGACUUUAAAGCAGCAGUAUCAAAUAGUCAAAAUACUGCUAUCUGUAUACCUCCAUUGACGUCCAUUUCUGUAAAGCCUCAGGUUGGCUGUACUGAGGAUUAUUUACUUUCCAAAUUACCAUCUGAUGGCAAAGAAGUACCGUUUGUGGUGCCCAGGUUUAAGUUAUCUUAUAUUCAGCCCAGGAUGCAAGGAACGCCUUCACAUUUGGAAGAACUUGAAGGGUCUGCCAGAGCAUCUUUUGGAGCUAGAAAGGUAGAACUUUCCAGUUCAUCUCAGCAUGGACCCAGCUAUGAUGUAUAUAACCCAUUCUAUAUGUAUCAGCACGUGUCACCUGAUUUGAGUCGGCGCUUUCUUCCUCGUUCAGAAACAACGAAACGAUAUGGAUCGGUUUGUGACUUAAGGACCAAUAGACUUCCCAAUUCCCCUGGACUAAGCAAGUCUAUGUUUGAUCUUACAAGUUCAUCUCAGCAGUUCAUUCAGAGACAUGAUUCAUUGUCCAGUAUGCCCAGUAGUUCUUCUUCAAGGAAAAACUCUCAGGGGAGUAACAGAAGCCUGGAUACAAUUACUCUAUCAGGAGAUGAAAGAGAUUUGGGGAGAUUAAAUGUGAAAAUGUUUUAUAAUUCUUCAGUAGAGCAAAUCUGGAUCACAGUUUUACAGUGCAGAGAUUUAAGUUGGCCCUCUAGUUAUGGAGAUAAUCCUACUAUUUCUAUAAAAGGAAUACUAACAUUGCCCAAACCAGUACAUUUCAAAUCUUCAGUCAAGGAAGGCUCUAAUACUAUUGAAUUUAUGGAAACGUUUGUAUUUGCUAUUAAACUCCACAGUCUACAAACUGUAAGACUUGUAUUUAAGAUUCAAACCCAAACUCCUAGGAAGAAAACUAUUGGAGAAUGCUCACUAUCACUCAGAACUCUUAGCACACAGGAAAUGGAUUACUCUUUGGAUAUAUCACCACCUUCAAAAAUUUCUGUUUGCCAUGCAGAACUUGAACUGGGGACUUGUUUUCAAGCGGUAAAUAGCAGAAUUCAGUUACAAAUUCUUGAGGCUCAAUACCUUCCAAGCUCAUCAACACCCCUGACUUUGAGUUUUUUUGUGAAGGUGGCAAUGUUUAGCUCGGGAGAGUUGAUUUAUAAGAAGAAGACACGUUUAUUGAAGGCCUCCAAUGGAAGAGUAAAGUGGGGAGAGACUAUGAUUUUUCCACUUAUACAAAAUGAAAAAGAAAUUACUUUUCUCAUUAAGCUUUACAGUCGAAGCUCUGUAGGAAGAAGACACUUUGUGGGGCAGAUUUGGAUAAGUGAAGACAGUAAUAACAUUGAAGCAGCGAACCAGUGGAAAGAGACAGUUAAAAAUCCAGAAAAGGUUGUUAUCAAGUGGCACAAAUUAAAUCCAUCUUGAAGACCCUGCACAUUAAUUUGGUGACAAACUUGACAUUCUUUUAGAAGACUUACAAUUUCCAUUUGCUACCAAUUUGAAGAGACAGAUCAGUACAUUUAUCAAUUUAUUUAUGGAGGCCAUAAUUAUAGUAUAUAAUGGAUCUAAUAGAAAAUCAAACUUGGUAAAAAAUGGGAUGAAUUUUACCAGAUAUCCAAAGUAAAGGAAAUGCUUUAAAACUGGCCGAAAUAGACAAUAAAAUAAAUGGGUAGUAUUACUAGGGCAACUAAAUAAAUUAUAAAGUCAAUGGGAAUAUCAGUCAUAGAUAGUUGCUGCUAUAUAAUGUUUAUAGGCUUUUUAAAGCUUUACAUAGAUAUUCAAAAUCCACUAUAUCAAGUCUCUGUUAGUACUAGGCUUUACCACUGUUUCAGUGCUAGUCAAGAUUGAUUAGAUCUUAACUCCACUGUUUAACCCCUCGCUACAUAUUUUCCCUCAGAAAGCAAAAGUGAAUUGAACCACUUCAACUAUUCUCAUUUGGGGAAAGUUUGUGGCCUGUGUUUAUCAUUACUUACCCUUAAGUCAUCACAUUGCCACUUAGUAAGCUAUUUAUCUCUAAGAAACUUCAGAUAUAGAAAACUACAUUUUGGCAAGAAUAAAUGAAAACACCAGAAGGUUGAAGUUUAAUUGGAAACCCAGUGUACACACAUUUUGCUAUGUUUCCUCCUUCACAUCCUCUUUGUUUUAAUUGGAGUUGAAAUGAGGUUAUCAUCCAUAUGGCCCAUCCUAAUUAGCAGAAUUAAAUGAGCUUAAGUAGCAAAUUUAAUAUUUUAUGAUAAUCACUUCCUUGGUUUUAGUUUUUUAAAUAUAAAUUGCUUGUUCUAUAAUCCACAACAUUAGAAUAUGUUCCUGUAUUUUAAAACUGGCCAUACAUGAUAACAUUAUGUAGCAAAUAAAUAUUUUCUGUUGCAGUUU